AUGACAGUGAGCCUGGACUCAUGGCCACCCCUGGGGUCCGCUGUCCCACUGCGGUGGAAGCCCCAGGCCGACCGUGAGGGAGCCAGGCCACGCACAGGAGGCCGAGGGCCCUGGGAAAUCCGGCCCGGCUUCAUGAAGUGCUUGCUGGAGGCGGAGGAGGAAGAAGCCGCCUGCCGCAGGGCCCGGAAGGCUCCUAGACCCCUGACCCCUGGGCCCACCCCCUGCCGGACCCCCGGACCCCCUCCUGCGGGCUCCGAUCCCAGAUGGCUGGGGGCCGAAGGAGCUGCCCCAGAGCCGGAGUGGAGCCCGAGCUGUGCCAGGCCAUGGCAGGAGCUGGAAGAGCCCGGCCUCCUCCGGCUGUGUCAGGGUUGGGAGGAGCAGGCCGAGGAGCAUCUCACGCCGAAGCAAGAGGAAGCCUUCCGCAGCUACUGUGAGAUCUUCAAUGGCCCUGGCGAGGUGGACGCUCGGAGCCUGAAGAACAUCCUGGUCCUCGUGGGCUUCUCCCUGACGCCGGGCCAGGUAGAGGAAGCCCUGAGGAGCGCUGAUGUGGAUGGAGACGGGCACGUGGACUUCAAAUACUUCCUGGCUGUGAUGACAGAUACCAGGAGCUUCUUCUGCUCCAUGGAACAGAAUGCCACGAUGGACAUGGCUCCCCCGAAUCCCCACACUCUGCUCUUUGAGAUCCUGUCCCUGCUGGUGGAGAUGCUGGCCUUACCCGAGACUGUCUUAGAGGAGCUCACCGACUACUACCGGAAGAAGCUGAAAGAAGGCACCCACAAGGCCCGAGAGAGCACCGCCACAGGCCCGCUGCGGUCACAGAAGCAGGCUCCCUCUCACCUCCAGCAGGCAGGCUGCUUGGAAGGCCCCGGACACAGGGUCCUCAGCAUCCUGAGCCGGCUAAAGCAGAACGGUGAGGAUUUUGCUUCCGACCUGCAGAGUCCCUAUGCCCAGGUGCCCUGCAUCCCACUCUGCCCUCGGCUGAACAAGAAGAUGGUUCAUCAGAAGCAGGGCAGCCACAGCAUGCUGGACCAGUGCGCACCGGCCAGGCUGAGCCCCAGCACCCGGAACCUCUUCCAGUCAGGACCUCAAGGAAGCAGGGAACACAGCUUCAAAGGCGGAAAGUGGCUCAGCUCUGUGUCCACUCGAACCCACUGA